AUGAUCAGAAAAGGGGUCCGGCGCGCUUCGCUGGGGAGAAGCAGCGGCAGCUACAGUACGUACGUAGCCUGCAGCUCUGCAGCUGGGCCCAGCACACACCACCGGCAAAUUGUGUUCGGCGCGAGUCUGCAGAUGACACCGUGCGCUGUGGAUCUGUGCACUCACGACUCACUGACUGCUGCUACAGCGCGCAGCCAGGAAGGAGCCAGCAUGGAGUGCUCGCGCUGUAGCUGAAAUCGAACGCGCUGCUAUAACUAACAGACUGCUGUGAGCGCUGCCAUCAUGGUCCCGUGCAUGCAUGCAGACGGGGAGAGAUUUGGUGCUAGUCGUUCACAGGAGUCGAGUGCCGUCCGUGCCCCAAGAGCCAACUCACCUCCGCCUCUCACUGGCCAAGUUCAUUCAAGUCGGUUGUGAGUUGGUGCUUGCUACGUAGGCCUGGCCAUCUUCUAAAAACGUAGCUCAAACCAGAUCCCUUUGCUCUCUUCCACAUCAGAUCCGUCCAGUCUCAUCCCCUCACUCUGCAUCGUCCGCACGCCUCACACUUGAUCAGUCCAGCGCUUCCUUCAUCAUGUCGACCUUGUCCACUCCUCAGACAGGUGCGCCCAUCAAGGCUGCCCGCACUCGCGGAGCCUCUCACAUCGUGAGUCGAAAAGCGCUGCUUACUUCUCAAAGUAGACAGCAGCGGGCUUGCGCUGUCGAGAGAAGCGCCGCGUAGAUGUGAGGCGGAAGCCACAGCGAGCCGCACUGUGCUGUGCAUUCACGCCAAGCAACGUUCUUGAAUCUCACAUGUUCGUGCGACCCUGACGCAAUCACUGACUUGCUGGCAUAUCUACAACUUUCUCUCCUCACAGGACUUCAAAUCGGCUACCACUGGUGUAGCUGCAAAGGCGAUGCGCAAUGAGGUCAACAAGCUCGUUGCAGGCAUUGAAGACCCUGUUGCACGCAAGGUGAGCAUCCUGAUGGCCUGGAGCCGGCAUUCCACCGCGAGUAGGCGGCCACGGGCAGUCAUAGCGGCGUGCGCCUAUGAUCGGCCAGGUAUGAAUGCUCUGGGUCUGUAGGCCUGGCCUCCUCUCGAGAAUCGGAAUGAAGCAGCAGCACGGGAAGACUUCGCCCGGCUUUCUUCUGAUUGGAGGGUGCUGGCUCACACAUUUUCUCUCACGAGCAUCAUAGGCUUUCGAUGCGGAGAUGAGCUCUUUCUUCACACUGUUCAAUCGCUACCUUACCGAGCGGGCAAAGGGCGAGAAGCUGUGAGCGCAAGGAAGACUAUGGCUUGGUGAUGUGCGCAUAUACUGACAUGCCAGCUCAUUCUGACAGCGACUGGAACAAAGUUCAAGCUCCCGCUCCCGAGCAGAUUACCCCAUACGCUCAGCUGAAGGAUGGCGCGGAUCCUUCCAUUCUGAACAAGCUUGCAGUGCUGAAGCUCAAUGGAGGUCUCGGAACGACCAUGGGCUGCACUGGACCGAAGAGUGUCAUUGAGGUCCGCGAGGGCAUGACUUUCCUGGACCUUUCAGUCAGGCAGAUCGAGGUGAGCGCUUUUGGCGCCAUUCUGUUGUGCAGGUCGAGUCGCUGAUGGUAUGCAAUUCCUCUCAUCUAAUAGCACUUGAACUCCAGCCACAACGUCAAUGUCCCUCUCAUCCUUAUGAAUUCCUUCAACACUGAUGACGACACAGGUGAGGCCGAAGGGAGUGGGGUCAGCACACUGCUCACUCUGACUGACUCGUGCCAUAACUUCUCCUGUAGCUCGAGUCAUUCAGAAGUACGCAAACCACAACGUCGAGAUCCUAACAUUCAACCAAUCACGCUACCCCCGUGUGAACAAGGAAAGCCUCCUCCCUUGCCCUCGCAGCGCCACCUCCGACAAGAGCUUAUGGUACCCACCCGGACACGGAGACUUGUUCGACGCUAUGCACAAUUCCGGCUUGCUGGACCGCUUGAUUGCUGCAGGCAAAGAGCACAGUACGUUGGGCUCGGAUUGACUACGCUAUUUCGCUUGCGCCUGCUGAUUCAUGGAAGAACCACUUCCUUUUCCCAGUCUUCGUGUCAAAUGUUGACAACUUGGGCGCUGUGGUGGACCUGAACAUCUAUCAACACAUGAUCGACACGCAGGCUGAAUUCAUUUCUGAGGUUACGGACAAGACCAAGGCUGAUGUCAAGGGUGGUACUCUGAUCGACUACAACGGAACCAUCAGAUUGCUGGAAAUUGCCCAGGUUCCAAGUGAGCACACUGAAGAGUUCAAGAGUGUCAAGAAAUUCAAGAUCGUGAGUGCACUCCUUGUGACAGGAAAGCGCCUUGAAGUGCGCGAAUUGCUCAUGCAGUUUCCCCGCUCACACCCCAUGCUUGCUUGCAGUUCAACACCAACAACCUGUGGCUCAACCUGAGGGCUAUCAAGCGCGUGCUUGAAAAUGAUGAGCUUGACCUCGAGAUCAUUGUCAACAACAAAUCGCUCGACAAUGGCGAGGCUGUGAUUCAGCUGGAGACAGCAGUCGGCGCAGCUAUCAAGCACUUCCGAGGUGCAAAAGGCGUGAACGUGCCCAGAUCUCGCUUCCUGCCAGUCAAGAGCACCGGAGAUCUCUUGCUCAUCACUUCAGACCUGUACACAUUGGAGCACGGCAAGUUGCUGAUGAGCGCUUCAAGGCAGUUCACCCAAACUCCAGUCAUCAAACUGGGAGACACUUUUAAAAAGGUGGCCAACUUCCAGAAGAGAUUCAAGACGAUCCCGAACAUUGCGGACCUGGAUCACCUUACUGUCUCGGGAGAUGUGGUUUUCGGACGCAAAGUCAUCCUUGCUGGUACCGUCAUCAUCAUCGCCACCGAAGGCAGCCACAUCACCAUUCCGGAUGGAAGUGUGCUGGAAAACAAGCUGAUCAGCGGCAACCUGUCCAUCAUUGACCACUAA